AUGCCCCUGGGCAGCAGCAGAGGGGGAGACGAGGAAAAUGAAGGACCCUGCCAGGUUGUGAGCAAGCAGGAGAGCAAGGCAACAUCUCGCUGGUAUGUGCGCUCUGGCCUUGGCUGGUGUUGAGACACAGGGGGGCAGCAGACCACUCGGCCCCUUCCCAACUCGCACCCCUUCAGCAACAAGCACCGCCACGCAGGGAGAACGCCCUGCUUCCCUCCUCCCCCUCCUCGUCCCUGCACCUCCGCUCGCCCUGCAAGGAGCAUCACAGCAGGCCUCUGAGCAGCCAUGUCUGAGAGCAAGAAGCCCUCCCGGGCUGAGGGCAAGAAGCCCCCUGCCGCCGACUGCCAGCUCAUCAAAGUGACCGUCAAGACUCUCAAGCGCAAGGAGCUGUUUGAGGUGGCUGAGAGCACCACCGUCCAGGAUUUCAAGAAGCUGAUCUCGGAACGUUUCAAGACCCCGCCUGAGCAGCUGUCGCUGAUCUUUGCCGGCGAGAUCCUCAAAGACCAGGACACACUGGUGCAGCACAGGAUUGGCAAUGGGUCCAAAGUCCACCUCUUCAUCAAGUCUCAGAGGAGACACCCAGGGAAUCACCCGGUGCCGCUGGGGAACGCCGCACCCAACGGCACCUUCCUGCAAGCGCCAGCUACAAACGUGUUUCCCCCCGGGGGGCUCCCAGCACAAAGUCUACGCCUGUUGGAAGGAAAUGGCCAGCCUGAAGAGCUGAUGGCCUCCUGCCACGAGCUCAUUGCCCAGACGAUGGAGAACCUCUUGCUACAGAUGGUCCCGCUGAACCUGGAUCCCUCCACCUUGAACAACAACCCUCUCCUCUUGGGUUUCCUCAUUGGAGUCACUGGCAUGAAUGUUCUUGGCUUGAAUGCCACAGACGUGUGUGACUGUGUGUGUGACUGUGUGAGAGAGGCCCAGGGCCAAGAUGUGACCCGGCAGGAGCUGAUCAGCGAAGUGAUCCCAUUUGUGCAGGACUUCUUUGGCGACACCGAGCAGGUCAGGCAGAUGAUCAUGUCUGUCCCACAGAUGCAGCAACUGGCCGAGCAGAACCCAGAGAUCAACCACAUCCUCAACAACUCAGACUUCCUGCGGGAAAUGAUCGACGUUGCCACCAGCCCAGCUGUGAUGGACGAGAUCAUCAGGAACCACGACCGGGCCUUGAGCAACCUGGAAAGCAUCCCCGGUGGAUACAGUGCGCUGCAGCAGCUCUACAAUGACAUUGAAGCGCCCUUCCUGAACGCGGUGCAGGCCCAGUUCCAGGGCAACCCCUUCCCUCCGCUGGAGAACAAGCCAGCUCCAGGAGGAGCCAGCCCUCUUGCCCGGACAGAAAACAGAGAGCCGUUGCCCAACCCUUGGGCUCCCCAGUCCAACAGCAGUGGGGAUAACGCCAGUAACAGUGACCUGAAUGGGGCCAGUAACGGCCCUGGGCAGGGCUACAUCCUGCUUGCUUUGGGUCCUGGAGUGAGGCCAGGACCUAGCAAAUCGGAAAGCAUCCAGAACAUGGUCCACCAGCUCACAGAGAACCUGGAGUUCAUGCAGAACAUGUCAAGUGCCGUAGCAAAGCCUGAGGGCCCCACACAGGCCUUCCUGGGCCAUUGCAACUCUCCCUCGGGCCACGAAGCUCCUCCGCCCCAAGGGUGGGGGCAGCAGCUGCCCCCCAAGCUAGCCAAGUCGGAGGCCGCAGCCCUGCUGAGCAACCCGAGGGCAGCCCAAGCUCUCCUCCAGCUGCAGACGAGUCUGCUGACUCUGGCCAGGGAGGUGCCCGAUUUCCUCCAAGCCUUGGCGGACCCAGAUGUGGAACCCGAAAGCAUGGAAGACUCUGACGAGGGGGACAGCCCGUCCUCAGAAGCAGCUAGCCUGCUCUCCGCUGAUGAGAGCCUGGAGCUGGAAAGCAGCAGCUCCAAAGUAGAUGAAGCAGAGGGGAAGGGGGAAGAAGAGGAAGAGGAGGAAGCCAUGGACCAGCAGUCUCCAGCUGAUCUCUACCAGCUCCAGUUGGAGCAGCUCAGGGCGAUGGGCUUCCAGAACCAGGAACAGAACUUGCAGGCUCUGAUCGACACAGAAGGAGAUAUCAGUGGGGCAAUUGAAAAGCUAACAAACGCCCGUGCAUCCUAGCAACAGAUUUACCUUUGCCUUUUGUAGGGUCACCUGACACACUAAAGUCAGCAUGGGGUAUAUUACCAUGA